CGUAGAUCUGGUUCAGUGGAGCUUAGGUCCCAACUUUUUAACGUCCAACGUCACUAGCACCUGCCCUACACCUUGCUGGUCGUUACCGAGACCCACUGGCCCACAAGAUAAGAUAAUGAUACAGAGUGGGGCUUUUGGGUUUCUUGAGCUUUAAUCUUGGAUCUUUUUAUUUUUCAAUUCACAAUUACAAUGCGCAUUUCUACCAACCUUGGAAAUCGAUAUGCCGCGGCCUAGAGUCGCUUCCCUAAGCAGAUAUCUGCUCUAUGGCCAAUUAUCUGCGAGAGGUUGUCUCCGAGCACAGGCUCGGACUAUUCCUAUAGUAGUUCAGCUUUCCCAAUGCCGAGCUGCCCACGCAGAAACCGCUUCUUCCCACCUCGAUCCUGCACCCAUGCCACAUCAUGUUCCUCUGAGGAAGCAGUUAAAGGACGAGGCGAAGAAGCUCAAGGCCUCAGGCAAAAAAAAGAAAAAGAAUAUAAAUAACCAAGUGGUUGACGGCUGGGAGCUCACCGUGGGGAUUGAGAUACACGCGCAAUUAAAUACUGCAAAGAAGCUCUUUUCGCCUGCUACGACGUCUUUCAACGACGCCCCAAACUCCCACGUCGCCUAUUUUGAUUUGGCCAUUCCGGGCAGUCAACCUGUCUUUCAGAAAGAAACUCUCAUUCCAGCAUUGAGAGCUGCUUUGGCUCUUGACUGUAACAUACAAAAUGUAAGCAGGUUCGAUAGGAAGCACUAUUUCCACUGGGACCAGCCAUCGGGAUAUCAGAUCACGCAGUAUUACGAGCCAUUUGCGCGGGAUGGCAAAAUCGCACUCCAACCUCGGGACGGAAUCGCGGCGGAGGAUGGUGAAGGCAUUUCCGUUGGAAUUAAACAAAUUCAGAUGGAGCAGGAUACGGCUAAGACCAUGGCACAACCCGGCAACGUGCACUGGGUCGACUUUAAUCGUACCGGCGUCCCGUUGAUCGAGAUUAUCACUCUACCUGAUAUUCACCAUCCGGCUACUGCUGCUGCUCUGGUCAGGAAGGUCCAAAUUCUAUUAAACGCCGCCGAUGCUUGCGUUUCUGGCAUGGAGGCCGGUGGUCUACGCGCAGACAUCAACGUUUCUGUUCGAAGAAAUGAUGAUCCUUCUGCCUCCCUUGGCCAGCGGACUGAGAUCAAAAAUUUAAGCAGUUUGAAGGCCGUCGAGGAUGCUAUUAUCGCCGAACGGGAUAGACAGAUCGCUGUUCUUGAAUCAGGUGGGAUCAUAGCAAGCGAGACUCGUGGAUGGUCGAUUGGUUCGACUGAGACUCGUCGAUUGCGUGGCAAAGAAGGCGAGGUUGACUACAGAUACAUGCCAGACCCUGACUUAGCCCCUAUCAUUAUUGGCGACGAUCUAGUCAACCAUCUCCGUGAAUCUAUGGGUGAACUCCCCGAUGCCGAGGUUGAAGAACUAAUUCGUCGAUUCGAGCUCUCGACUAAAGAUGCACAGUCCCUAGUGGCACUCGAUGGAGGAAGGCGCGUUGAAUAUUUUUGGAAUGUCGUUCAUCUUCUCGCCGAACGAUUCGGAUCAGACACAAAUUCACCUAAAUACUUGUCUGGUUACCAGCUUGCGGCAAACUGGACCCUACACGAGUUAGAUCGUCUAACUUCAGCACGCAUUGACGACGACGCGCUAGACCUAGGGUUUACAGAAGAUGGCCAAUGCGACCGUGUGCCUACCAGACACCUUGCCGAUAUCUUAUUCUACCUCCAUCAGCGAAAGAUCACUGCCAAAAUAGCUAAGGAGCUCCUCUGGGCCGUCUUCCGCCGAAGGGUACCGGAAGAUUAUCUUACAAUCGACGCGGUAAUUAACCAGGAGGAUCUGUGGUUCAAGGAACUCAACGAAGACGAAUAUAUCGAACUCGCACGUACCGCGGUCGAAGGCCAAGAAGAUGUUGUGAAACAGUUCGUAGACUACAAGCACUAUCCCCAAGGGAAGCUAAUGUUCCUGGUGGGUCGAAUGAUCAGGCUCGGUGCCGAGGAGAGAAUCGAUCCCAAGGAAGCUGAGAAGGUUAUGAAGCGAGUGCUAGAGGAAAUAGCCCCGACUAUUAAGAACCAAAGCUAGAUUCGAUUUCGCUGCUAUAUAUGUGCAUACAUACGAAUUUAUCACCCUUAAUCUCACUAGAUCUCUACCUCCGAGUGAAGCCCGAUACCCACGGGCUAUGAGUCACGUCAUUUAACCUA